AUGCGAGAAAUUGUCUCUUCUUCUUCUUCUCCUGCCCCGCUGAUCCCCGUUUUGCAGAGCACCCCGUGCAAACACCCGGUGAUAGUACUUCAGGAUGUAGCGUUCAGCGACUUGCACGCGCUGGUGGAGUUCAUCUAUCACGGGGAGGUGAACGUGCAUCAGCGUUCCCUUAGCAGCUUCCUGAAGACCGCAGAGGUCCUCAGGGUAUCGGGGCUCACGCAACAGGCGGACCAAACGGACAGGGACGAGCUGUCCCACGUGCGCGCGUUGGCCGCCGGUGGCAACCAUCUUCCCUUCCACGAGAAACUGGAGGAGAGUUUCCCGCGCGGUGGUUCGCCGCCCACGCCGGUCACCCCGACGCCGACAUCGGUGCAGCAGUUGCAGCGCAGGCUACAGAUACGCAGGAGGCGGACGCCGAGCCCGCACGAUGAGUCGACGGACAAGAAGCUGAGGGCGACGUCGCCGCCGCUGAACAACAACGACGCGACGCCCACGGACUUCUCCAUGGUGAAGAACAACCAUCUGUCGACGAAGGUCGAGGGUAACGGGGUCCACGAGGAGAACAGCCCCCUGGAGGACAACAUAAAGUGCGAGCCGCUCGAGCUGACCGGCGGGAACAGCGGCAACGGAGGGAACAACGAGGACUCGUCGGACUCGGGCGCGGCGGCGUCGGACAGGCCGCCGGCGUCCGCGAGCAGUAACGAGCACGAGGCCGAGCCCGAGCACACGUCUACGUCGAUUUUUUCGUCCGACGCGAAAAUCUUCCCGCCCACGCCUGGAAGCUUUAAUUUCAGUAUGGCGGCGCUCGCCGCGGAUCACACGCCGUUGUCAGUGAAAUUUCCAGGAUUGGGCCACGGGCUGCAACCACCGGAAUUGGCAGGAACUUCGCAAG